CCCCCUUCCACAGGAAAUAGUUGCUCACAACAACGUGGUCGCCGUGGUUACUGUUUACGAUGAGGCGGGACAACCGAUGUCAGAGGUUACGAGGGUGUGAGAGAGAGGACAGUGAUCAUCAGACUCCUGAAGGAGGAAGAGGAGGAUGCCGAUGCUCCACUGACCAUUGACCUGGUCACCAUAGCAACAGGACUGAUGCUUAGGGGUUCCCUGGCAGCAUACGCUAGAACUACUGGAACUGUGGAACCCCCUCGAGGACCUCUGGUACCACCUGAAAGGAACUGGAACCCAAUCAAGGACCUCUAGUACGAACUGAAAGGUAAUGAAACUCGUCAAGGACCUCAGGUAACUCCUGGAUGGUCCUGGAACUCCAAAAGACAUCUCAUAUCGUCAUAAAUGUCUUGGAACGUCUUAAAGGCCAGGAGCCUACUCCUCGGGGACCUCUGAAACCUUCUCACGCACUCCAGUAAGCCGUGAUUUAAAACCCAUUAGUUAUUUGUGAAUGAACUCUUUCACAGGUGCACCUUUUCCUCUGAUUGGUUGAUAUUUGUGUCUCUUCCUCCAUGUUCCAACGUUUCCACACACUGAUCUUCUACCUUUGUCUUGUGUGUGUGUGUGUGUCUGUGUGUGUGGGAGACCCGUCGUCGGGGGUAACGGGUGUAAGAAUGUGUGACAUCACAGCGCCGAGCAGUACUUAAGGCGGUGUGUGAGGUGGUGGAGCAGCGACCCGUCCUGACACUGAGACAGGACAGACACGUAAUCAAUAACUUUAUCGGACCUCACCGAUCGUGAAGACCACAAGCUCUCUGUUGGAGUAUUUCUUCUCGUCCUUCUGAGAAAACAGAUGGCCGCUUCAUCCUCCUCCUCUUUCGUCGUCGUCCUCCUCCUCCUCGCCAGCGCCAUGGAGGCAAAACCUUUAAGUCAACGAGACAACAAACAGAAUUUACAGUCUCUAUUCGGCUCUCGCCUCGCUUCUCUCAUCUUGGCCUCUCCCACUUCUGAUGACAUCACAGAGGGCUCAGCCGGACGCCCCGCCCUCUCCCCCUCCUCUGCCUCCACAGGAUUGGUUGUGAGUCGCGGUGCCACGAGUGGAUUGGCCGGCGGCGUGCAGGAGGCGGUCCCUCGGCUCAUGCUGGAUCUCCUUCGUCACCAGUCCAAGAUGACGAGGAGGCGGAGUAGGAAGUCAAUGGUGGGAGGAGGGAGAGGAUGCUUCGGGAUGAAAAUGGACCGCAUCGGCUCCAUCAGCGGGUUGGGCUGCUAGAGACUCGUUGCCAUGGUGACCACAGCCAACCUCUGACCUCCAUGAACGCCGGACACGUCAGGCUGAAACUCCACUAACAAAGAAGUGAACUGAAGGAAAAGUUCAGGUAGACAUCCUACCGAUGACCUCUGACCCCUGGCUACAUCACAGCCAGCAGAACACUGUGUGAUUGUGUGUGUGCGUGUGUUUGUGUGUGCGUGCGGACCAGCUGCAGUCUUACUGCACAAUGUAAUUAAAUAAAAGAGAAACUCCACUAGG